AUGAUCAGCAUCGUAAACUGCUAUGCCCCCACGAACUCAGCGGAUGAAGAAGAAAAGGAUGCUUUCUACCAUGAGCUGGAGGAGGUAGUCAAGAGAGAGAAGUCUUAUUACAAGUAUUUAUGCGGAGACUUCAAUGCUGCGCUUGGAAAUGGAAAUGAUGGCAACUGGAGGCUCGGCAAACACGGAGAAGGAAAUAGAAAUGAUAAUGGUACUCGCGUUCUGGAUCUUGUGUACUCUUGUAAUCUCUAUCAUGGAAACUCUCUUUUUGACAAACCUCAAAACAGGAGAUGGACCUGGGAAAGUCCUAACGGAGAGCUUCACUUGGAACUGGAUCACGUUUUCACAAACAGAAGGUGGAGCCUGAUGGAUGUGACGGUGCUGCCCUCUUUUGACUGUGGAUCUGACCAUCGCCUAGUCAGAAUGAAUGUUCGGCUCAAUGACCGGAUAUUCAAAAGAGACACACACCGUGGACCCCCAAUCCGCUUCCCACGAUACAACGAAGAAGUUCUGGAAACAGCUAUGAAUAACCAAUCCUGGAGGUUGUUAGAAGACGUCACAAAGGAUUAUGAGAUGCUUAAUAGCAACCUCCUUCGCUGUGCGGAAGCUGCUACAGAGAACCAA